AUGUCGCAGCACCACCCAAAUAUGGCAAAAGAAGACGCCUGCGACGACCGCGACGCCCGUGACGCCCGCAAUGCCCGCGACGCCCGCGACAGAUCAGUACUAGUGCCAGAAUUGAUGAUCAUACUACAUAUGCUAAUGAAAAGUGUCAGCCUCCCAGUCAGCCCAAACCACGGCCCAGACAGCAAAACUCCCGCUCCCGCAAACAACUUAGAGCAUCCCAGGGAAUCGUCACCUGCCAUUCAUACAGAAGAUCAAUCCCAGCACACUUCGAACAUCCCACCUCUGUCAUUGAGUCAAGAAUCAGAAUAUUCUGUGGCAUGUCGAUGUGGAAUGACCGGGAAUGGAUAUGAUAUGCAGCUCGAGGAGGGAAUGAUCAAGUGUGAUGAAUGCGAUAACUGGUCACACAUCGCAUGUCAGCGUAAUGGCCGAGCUAGCGGUCUUCGUUCACGAGAGAAGUUCGUGUGCAGCCACUGUAAUACUGAUGAGCUUGUGCCAUGGCGAACUCCAGCGUCACAAGGACAACCACCAAACCGCCGGAGUCGUCGUGAAAAGGCUUCAAAGGUCCCUUUGGCUAAACGGUUGCUUGCAGGAAAAGGAGCACUCGCUCGCCAUGAUAAAUUUUGGUAUCCUGUCAGACUCAUUCAAUUUCACAGGGAGACAGAUGCAUGGAAAGUCGUUGUUCAAACAACAGAUCUGGUUGAUGAGUUAUGGCAAGACAGGGCCGGGAGGCGUGCAAUUCGGUUUGGUCAAUGGACACAUGCACAUGAUAUUCCUGUAGGCGAAGACAUAAUCUAUGCUUUCCACAACAUACCUUAUCCGCCCGAAAUGGAUACCAUACUCGGCGCCACACAAAUCCACGCUACAGCUCCUCAUCAGCCUUCCUCGCCUCGAAGAUAUCCAACAUUUGCCUGUCGGACGUCAUCUACAGCAGCGGGGAAUAAAAUUCAACAAGCACAGGUAGCUCGUUGGCGAUUUGAUAACAUCAAAGACGCACGAGAGACUGUGGUGCAAUGGUUAGGGUGUGCAGCAUUUGCUCACGCACUCAGCACCAUGCUCGCAUACAACAAGCGCAGCAUAUUGGAGGCACAUCCCAACUACCCCAGAGAUGGCACCGCAGAUGCACAGGAAGAAUUCAUUCUCGGAGCUGCUUGGACAACCCUUUUGGAGCAGACCGGUAGAAGCACAGAUGUGACCCACACGGAUGUUGACCUGGAAUGUCUGUUGGUCUUUGAACAGCGCCUGUUCGAGAAUUCAGCUCAGUCGGGCUCUGCAGGAAACCAUCAGUGGGGCCUAGACGGCGGACGCCGGGGAUCAUCAAGAUGGUUGGGACCCAUAUGCUGGGCUUCCAUUCCAUUGGAACCACGAGGAUCGUGA